CCGAUCAGCUGUUCAUGCGCAUAUAACCUAAAAGUUGUUUUGUUUUGAUCAAGACAUUCUCUUCUCCUUUCUUCUAUAUAUAUACAUUUCUUACGUUUGACGUUUUGGCGUCGACUUGAGUGUAUGUGCAUAAUGCAGUGUUUAUCGUCUGUAAUGUUUGGGCAAGUUGUUUUCGUUAUUUUAUCAAAAGACUGAUUGAUAAAAUUGUAAAAAAUGUCAGGAGGAAGGGGAAUUCUUAGUUUACGUUUUAAUCAAGAUCAAGGAUGUUUCACAUGUUGCAUGGAGUCUGGACUAAGGAUAUACAAUGUGGAGCCACUUGUCGAACAAGCGCAUUUUGAAAGCGAUUUAAUGGGAAGCAUUGGAAUAGGAGAAAUGCUAUGGAGAACGAAUAUAAUUGCAAUUGUUGGCGGUGGAUCAAAGCCAAAAUAUGCUGAUAAUACAGUUUUAAUUUACGAUGAUCAAGCAAAGAAAUUUGUUUUGGAAAUUACAUUCACUGGUCCUAUAAAAGCAGUUAGAUUACGAAGGGACAAAUUGAUAGUGGCCCUUCAACGAGAAAUACACGUUUUUUCAUUUCCAAUGCCAACACGAAGGUUGCUUACGUUAGAAACUAGAGAUAAUCCUAGAGGACUGAUGGAGGUGGCGACCCUCGCAACAGCUAAUAAACAACUUCUCGCGUUUCCAGGCCAUAAAAUAGGCAGUGUACAAUUAGUCGAUUUGGGAGCAACGGAUUCUGGUAGUUCGAGUGCUCCGGCAACUUUAGCCGCUCAUCAAGGAGCUUUGGCUUGUUUGGCUGUUAAUCCAAGUGGAACAAUGGUGGCAACAGCAUCCGCUCAGGGAACAUUAGUUAGAGUUUGGGACAGCGCUAGGAGACAACUUUUAGUCGAAUUAAGAAGAGGAACCGAUCCUGCGACACUUUACUGCAUAACAUUUAGUCGGGACUCGGAAUUUCUCAGCGUAUCAAGUGACAAGGGAACGAUUCACAUAUUUGCUCUUAAAGACACACAUCUCAAUCGAAGAUCCACAUUUUCAAAAAUGGGAUUCCUGGGAAAUUAUGUCGAGAGCCAAUGGGCAUUAGCAACAUUUACAGUGCCACCUGAAUGCGCUUGUGUUUGCGCUUUUGGUGCAAAAAAUUCAGUAAUCGCCGUUUGCAUGGAUGGAACAUUUCACAAAUACGUUUUCACGUCUGAUGGAAAUUGCAAUAGAGAGGCAUAUGAUGUUUUUCUUGACGUUUGCAAUGAUGAUGAUUUUUAAAAAUUCAGUGAUAUUUACGAGACAAAAAAAAAAGACAAAAAUGUCUUAUAUCCUUCAAUAUCGAUGAAAAAAAAAAUGUACAGUUUAUUAAAAUAGUAGAUUAAUAAUAGAUAGCAUUUAUUUUAUAUUUAUGAUUAAAUAUCGACUUUGAACAGAAAUAUACUUAUAUAUAUAU